AUCUCUGUGAUGUCAAUGUAAGGAUAACUGAGUGAACUCUUUAGCUAAAUAAAAGAUUUCCGUUUCCCUUUUCUGGUCUUAAGUUUCCAGUAUGCAUUUCCACCAUUGUACUGCCUACAUGGUUGUGAGUAUCAGGUUCUGCACUUCACAACAGUCAGUUUAAAGGCAGUGGAGUGUGUGCAGGGUUUUAAAUUUUUCUGGUUAAAUUUUUAACGUUUGUCCCUAAGAUAAUGAGUAUUUUAUGUUUUGUUUCUGUUUUCAGGCGUAAUGUUUUUAACAACGGUCUUAUUCCGAAAGAGAAUUCCUGGAAACCAAUGGAUUGGGAAGUACAGGCGACCAAGAGUGGUUACCCUUGCAAUGAAGCAAGCAAUGAUUCAAAGGUUGGAAAUUGAAGCAGAGAAUGAAUACUGGCUGAGUCGACCUUACCUGACGCAGGAACAGGAGUACAAACAUAACACAGAAGAGAGACAUGCAAGAUGGGAGGCUUUCAAAAGCCGGGCGAGAGCCAAGUUGCCUGAGCACAGAUACAUCAGCGAUGACUUAAACCACCUAAAUGUGACAAGAAAGUGGACAACUUGAAUAAUACAGCAUAUUUGUGUUUGGCAUGUAUUACGUGCUGUCGUGGCAUCUGAUGCUGUACCUAUUAUGGUAGUUUUGUAAUUCAGUGUAAUACAGGUGGAUGGCAAAUGAGCCUCUGCUGUGGUGUACAGAAUCUCAUUAAAUCAAGGCCUGUGGAACAGUG